UGUUCAAUAGUAAACAUAAUGUCAGAGGAGAAGGUUUUGAUCAAGGAUAAGGGAAGUGUCCGUUUGAUCCUGCUGAACCGUCCUAGAAAAAAGAAUGCUGUAGACAUUGAAAUGUAUUCCAUGAUCGGUAAAGCCAUUGCUACAGCUGAUAGUGAUAUCAACAUUAAGGUUAUUGUUUUAAGUGGAACUGGUUCCAUGUUCUCCAGUGGGAAUGAUUUGAACAACUUUGGAACUGCUCUCUCCUCCGGGCAAAGCCUUGACCAGGUGGCGGAGCAGGGACGGAUUAUGCUCCAGGACUUUGUCCGAACCAUCGUUCUCUGCUCAAAGAUACUCAUCGCGGCCGUGAACGGGGACGGGGUUGGGAUCAUGUUCACCUUGCUUCCACUCUUUGAUCUGGUGUUCUGUGUACACGGAGCAAAGUUUAAUGCUCCCUUCUCCAGGUUGGGUCAAACUCCUGAAGGAUGUUCAACCUUCACUUUUCCUAGAAUAUUCGGAACAUCGAGAGCUACAGAGAUUUUAAUGCUGGGGGAUAAGGUUGGGGUUGAUGAAGCUAAGGAUCAAGGGAUUAUUAGUCAAGUUCUUGAACCUGAGAACCUUCUCCAGUAUGCUUUAAAGGUAGCGGAGAAUCUCACAAUGUUGCAACAGACUUCCAUCCUUGAGACUAAGAGAUUAACAGGAUGGGACAAGCAGACUUUAUUAAAAGUUAAUGAUGAGGAAUGCAGGGUAUUGAAAGAAAGAUGGCAGUCCCCUGAGUGUCUGGAGGCAGUAACGAAAUUUCUCACAGAAAAAAUUAAUUCUAAAUUAUAAAUUUUAUGAAAACAAAAACUCCUUAAGAAUUAUUUGUAUGAUGUGUUUAUAAAAAUCGUUUUAUGUUCAUAAAUAAUAUUUGUAUGCUAUGUUUCUA